GUACCGCCUAUUCAAACGGACGAAGAUACGUUUCAUUGUGCAAUGCAAUGGCAAUGGCGCAUUUAACAAUUUUUCUACGGUCGGAGUAGUGUUUGUUUUUACAAAGGCUCGUAGAGCUGAUCGUACAAAGGCUGUGAUAAUUUUAAUCAGACGUGACUGUUACUUGUGAUAAUCGUUCUUGUGAUCUUCGCGAAUUCAUUGUACUCUUCUAGCCAAGAUUUUACAAUGGGGGGCACCAAAGAACAUUUCGUGCAGUAAUAACCACUAAAUUGCAAGCUUUUUCUCAACGUAAUUAUGGAUGGACAGCGGCUUUUCUAACAAUGUAUUUUGAUAAUUCGAAUCUGCUAGUGACCGGAGAACCCCCUACAAGAGAUAUAAUCUCUAUUAAACCGCUCAACGUCAAGGCUUUUCUUUCUUAUUUUUUAUAUUAAUAGUAUGAAGUACCCUCAACUGGUGUCAAUGCCUUCAGCGGUUUCUGAUUGGCUAGAAGAACAGUUGGAAGCUCGUGGUAUAGAUGCUGUAGUCUACACUCGUUACGUCCUAAGUUUGCUUCACACACACACAGUAGAUGUCAUUUAUCCGGAUGAAGAUCUGCAAUUCUCUCGCUUGAAGAAGGAAGUAAGACGGUCAAGUGGGAGCCGUAAGCGCUUCCGCAGGUCAUCUGACUGGUGGAGACAUGCACAGGCUGACGCUGAACAGAUUAAACGUUCGGCUGCUGUAGAAUGCCUCAUGUCCGCCUCUGAUCAGAAUUGUGAAAUCGAAUCUCUAGUCGACGAACUCUGCGAGAAGCUGAAGGAAGUGAACAGCGAGCCCGGCUCGCCUGCGAGCCAGACGGACUCCACAUCCACCACGACCGCACUCAAGGACACCCAGAAGCACAAGAUUACCCCUCAGGAGUUGGCCGAGAAGUACUACGCCGCCUUCCCCCCUCUCUGUCCCCAGUCGCCCUCUAAACUGAUCUCGCUGCUGCCCAAGUGGAAGCCGGCCACUUCCCCGAUCAAGAAGAAGAACGUCCGCAAGCAGAACAACCGGCAGACGACCUACGAGAACAAGCUGCACUGUAACGGCGAGAUGAUCAGGGCAAGGAACCAGAGCAAACCGCGCUUCAACUAUCUGAACCGCAACAAGAGCGGGAUAUGUCGUAGGAGCGCGGAGCGGGCCGACAAUAUUAACAAUUGGGAGCUGUGCGCUCUCGGUAGCAAUAACAAGAAAAGCGUCGGUCAGAAGUUGAAGAACGUCAGCAUCGAGGACACGCUUGACCAAUGCGUCGAGGUUAACAGGGACAUCUGGACUAACGACGAUGAUGAGAUGAAGAUGUACGACGAUCUGCCGGUCGAUAUUCAGGAGCUCCUGGACUCUCCCUGUCCUCAGGACGACACCGUCGAGAUGAUGAACAUGGCUAACAUGAGGGACGACGGCAAAAGGAACUUCAUUCCGUACGGCACGAACAUAACGAGCUCCAUUUGGUCCAACGACACUUACGAUAAUAAAUUCAAUGCUUCAGUUGAGGGUGCGGACUCGGAUUCCAUGCUAGAUUUCAAAUUCAGCUCCAUAACCAUUGAUAACGGCAAUCAGGACGUCCCGUGGCCGACGAUGACGCCCGCCGCCGAAAACGCGACUAACAGCUUCUUCGAGAGCAGUCGAGGGAAGAGGAGUCUGUUUCUGGAAGGCUUCCGCAGCUUGCCGGACGACUGGAAGGCCUCCAAGGAAGAAUGCUUCGAGAACGAACACCUGCUGAACCACCUCGCCGUCAGUUUGAUGAAGCUCAACCACAACAAGGAGAAGAGCUGCUUCACCGAGAUCAUCCCCAGACCCAAGCCCGUCUCGCAGGCUUUCAACCCGUUCAGCCGCACGUCGAGCAUGUUCAGUUUCAGCUCGAGACACGCCGUCGGUUUCGAGAGGGAAAAGGAGGAUCUGUUAACCUCGGAACGUUCCCACUUCAAACCCAUAAACGAGAAGAUGGAGAACCGAGCGCAGGGCCAGUACGCGGACGGCGCCACGUUCGUCAUUUCCAACAGCCUGGAUAAGGUGGAUUACAAACGGAGCGAGAGCGGUUCCAUGCUGCUCGAAACCGAGUUCGGACAGAGCAAGAAGUACUGGGAGUACAAGCUGGAGGAGUCGACCCCCUCCCCGGACCUGGAGUUCAUUUUAAAGUUCAGCAUCUGCCAGAACGAUAAAGCCUGCCAGACCGAGGAGAUGUCCGAGUUGGAUUUCAAGGCGGUCGGAGAGAACGGCGGCAAACAGAAAUCGGAGAACGCCGAGGAAUCUAUCGAGGAGUAUCGGUGCACCUGUCCCGUUUUUAAAAUGAACGCUCCGUGCAUGGAUAACGCUCCCGAAGGCUGCCUGGUACAUCCCGCCCGUCCCGAGAGCAUGAUCGGGGAGAUACUGUGGAAGUACGAAGCGAAGACCUGCGAGAAAUGCAACAACAACAACGUGGCAUGGAACGCCGAUUGGCUGAAGGGCGGGCAGGUAGAUUCCGAAUGGGACAGCCAGAGUCUGAGGAAUAUAUGGAACGGUGGGGAGGUAUGCGAGACGUGCUUAAACCUGAACGGCGGAGGCGACGGCCGCCCGCCCCCCUCCCUACAGCUGCGCGAGGACAUAAGCCAGGACGGCGAGCAGCUGCUGUCGGACCUCAGCUCCCUGCAGAAAACCUACAUGGAGGAGCUCCCCCUGACGGAGAUAAGCUGCGACAUAGACGAGAUAGUGCCCUCGGCCACCCCCAAGGAACGCAAGCGUCGCCACUCCUUCAUCGCCGCCCACGUCGACGAGGCGGGGCUGGAGAGCCGCGGCUCGUGGAGCUUCGCCUCCCGCCUGGAGGAGGACUGCCUCAUACAGAUGUCUACCUUACCCACGUUGCGUUCCGUUACUUUAUAAACGUAAAAAAAAAGAAAAAAAGGUAGGUUUUUGGCUUUGAUGACGGCGGCACUCGGUAUCGUUGCGUUUUCUCCCCCGAACAGGGGUGCGCCCAAAAUGACAACUGCCAUAUAUGUUUCAGUGCAGAUAGAUGUACGAGCUCCGCCCGCGAGCUCGAGACAUACGAUCUGACGUGCCGCACACUGCUUCUGUAUUUAUUCAUGUCUGCCACGCGUGCGAGGCGUCAACGUUUGUUUAUUGAGUAACACCCUGGCGUCCCUGCGCGGCAUUGUUACGUUGUGCAUAUAUACGGUUUAUUUAUGAAAAAAAAGUGUGUAGGAAGGUUUACGUGAUCACUUUUUUUUUUUGUUUGUCUGUUUGGUUGAUUAUUUCCUUAACCGAACCUACAUGUUUUAGUCCAAUUUUAUUUUUAUUGUUAACAAGUGUAGCUCCAAGGAUUUAUAUGAUGAAGCAACUAAAAAAAAAAUAUUUUGUUGUAUGUACUCCUUCACCCUCACAGUUCAAGUUGUCGGUCCCGAGAGGAACGUACGGCGUCCGCCGAAAAACAAAAAAAAAUAUAAAAAAUAAACAAAUCGUCAAAGCUUUCGCUUUUUGUGUCCCCCUUUUUGGUGUAACUCGGCGUUUGACGUUGCCGUAAUAUCGCAUCGAAAUAUUUCUCCGGUGAUUGUGCGAAACGUUUCUGCGAUGUUGCGUAACGCUUCCCCGCGGGCCGCCGUACGUUCCUGUCCGGACCGACCCCGUAAGUAAAAUCAAAAUUGUUUUCUUUUCGCAUUAGAGGAAGGUCAGCGUUUUGUUGGAAAUUUUUUAAGUUUUAGAAACGGCACGCCGGCCAGAUUUUAUUUUGUUCUGUUUUCGUUUUUAAAAUUUUACGAUCGGCCGGCACGCGAUUCGUUUAAGUUGGCCUUUUGUUUUUGUUGUUUAAUUCGUUUUAUCUGCCAAAUAAUAAAUGUAGGGAAACACACUGUAAAAAAAAUUUGCGAUUUUUCUUGUACGGGCAGAGAUCUUACCACCACCCCCGCGCCACGUUUUACAGUUAGUGUUUUUUUUUUUCCACCCUUUCACUAUAGUUGUCUCGACCAUAGGGAAGAAAGACGUGUAUCGGUGUAUAACAAUAUUUAGGGCGUUAUGUAGUAGUAUAGCUCUUGAAAUUUUUUUAUAAUAACGCAGCAGAACAUCCCAGUAGUUGCUAAGAGAGGAAGCGAUAGAGUGGAUUUGUCUUAACGAAAAGAAAAAGUUACAAAAAAAAAAAUUGUUUGUCGCAAAGCAAUCUCUCCCUUAGUUGUAUUUAUCAGUUUAUUUCUGAGAGGAUUAAUUUUAAUGGAUACGGUUUAUUAUUUUACUGUAUAGCGUAGGUUAAGUGAGGCAUAUGUAAUAUAUAUAGAAAGGGAAGCGGAGAACUUACCGGGGGGCUACCGUCGGAGGAAAUCGGACAAAAAAAAUUCAAACGCUUUUUUAUUUUAUUGUUUAGGUGUGAACUUGUACAAAAUUUGUAUGUUCUAAAUUAAGGUGGUCGUCCUCUGUUAAGUUUUUUACUUUUGUAUUAUAAAGAAUUGGUGACAUACCAUUAUUCGAGGAAUUACUAGUAAGGUUUCUUUUUUGUACCGUCCUCCACGGAUGAACUUAUAUAUUCGAGAAUCGUCUCCGAGUCUCGGGUUUAAAUAAACUUUUUAGUACAGUUCGACGAUGUUUGAAACUUGGGAGCGUUGAAAUUGUAAAUAAAACUUUGUUCCGAGCAACUUGGAUCUUUGUAUUUUAUAAUACAGCGCUUUCCAUUUAAAACGUACACGUCUCGGUGCGUGUACGUGUCCUUAACGAAUAACGCUGUACAUUUUCGGAACCGCGCGGUUCGAAAAAGAAAUUGCGCUCUUAAUUUUAAAUAGUGUAUAUAGCUGUAGCGAAGCCCACCUCUAACCUAUUAAAUAAAUAUGGAUGUACGUCCUAUAAAAGAAAAAGAAACAAAAAAAAAAGAAAACAUUAAAUACGCUCUUAGUUUUAGAAUUGUGUUUCUGAUGUUAUGUGCCGGGCAAGGCAGCUAGUUUUUAAAACCGUUUAAUUAAAAGGGACGCGAUCGUUGCGUCGGCGGUUGCGAUUUGGUAAACGUGUGAAUGUCUUGAAAUUUUUCUAAGAAAUAAAAUUGCAUCCCACCUAGGUACUCGUAAAGUUUACUCGUUCAACUCGCACCAUGAACUAGCUAUCUUCAGAGCACAAACGACUAAAAAUUAGGUAGACGCCCGCCCCCAAGGGGGUUAAGUAUGUCCGAUUUGUAGAUUCGGUGCUGUUGAAUACUUCUUUCUCAUCUUAAAAUGUUUCGUUUUAUGGAUUAAUCUUGAAUAACCGUUGCGUUUAUCAUUAACAAAUGUAUUCUUGAGACUAGUUCACUGAUUUCCCCCAUUUUUUUUUUUUUUUUUUUUUUUAAUUUUUGUAAUGGUAGUUUUACUCUGUAAUGUUCGGCAAUGUUGUGGUGCAAUUUGAGAGUUGCAUGGUAAUUUUUCCGGGGACGGGUAAAGUUAUCGUGGUCGCAUUCGAUGCGGUUCGACUGUGAUGUUGCAUUGUGAUUUUUCUGUAAUGUUGCACCGUAAGGGUACCGCUCGUGUUUGAAUUUAAAGGAACCUCGUCGGGGUUCUUUUAAAUUUCGGUAUAAUCGAACGGCAGUGAACUUGUUGAACGACUUAAAUAUAUAUAGAUAUAUUUAUGAGAAGUAAUGCUGGUAGUACGACGUUUUUAUUUUUAUUGGUUUUUUCGUAGUUGGCAUAAGUGGUUGGUCCCAUUUACACUGCACGAGUAGUAUUUUUGGACGAUUUUUUGAGAAAUUUCCGCGUGAAAGAUAACCCGAUUGAACCUGAAAAUAUCACACGCCAAUCACUGUAUGCUUUUAGAUUUAGAACUAGAAUGUUAUUUUUAUGUUAGUGCCUAUUAUAAUAGUAUAAUUUCUACCUUUGCCUUAAAAGAUAAAUGUUAUCGUACCAUAUAUGUUUAUAUAGAGAUACAAAAUGACUCAAUUAUCAAAUCAAAUGAUGCAGGACGCUUCGUUUUUAGAUAGCCCGUUUAGAAUACAAAAAAAAAGUCUUUUUUAGCUGAGUGUACAAAUUUCCCUCACCGACAUUAAACAAAACUCAUCUACAUUUAAAAUUAUCAUUCUAAUUUUUAAUCAUAGUACUUGCUUCACGUCAAAUUUUUUAAGAACACGACAAAGUUAUUCUUCAUAAUAUUAGGUCUUAGGUACAUGUUUGUAAUUGUGGAUUUCUAACUAUUAUUUGUAACAUGGAUCAUCUGUAACAAGGAAUAAAUAAAAGCAAGUACAUAUU